ACAAAAAUGAAGACGGCAACCAACAUUUAUAUAUUUAACCUGGCUUUGGCAGAUGCUUUAGUUACUACAACCAUGCCCUUCCAGAGCACUGUCUAUCUGAUGAAUUCCUGGCCUUUCGGGGAUGUGCUGUGCAAGAUAGUCAUUUCCAUUGAUUACUACAACAUGUUCACCAGCAUAUUCACCUUGACCAUGAUGAGUGUGGACCGCUACAUUGCCGUGUGCCACCCUGUGAAGGCUUUGGACUUCCGUACACCCUUGAAGGCAAAGAUCAUCAAUAUCUGUAUCUGGCUCCUGUCAUCGUCUGUCGGCAUUUCUGCCAUAGUCCUUGGAGGCACCAAGGUCAGGGAAGAUGUGGAUAUCAUCGAGUGCUCCUUGCAGUUCCCGGAUGAUGACUACUCCUGGUGGGACCUCUUCAUGAAGAUCUGUGUCUUUGUCUUUGCCUUUGUGAUCCCAGUCCUCAUCAUCAUCAUCUGUUACACCCUGAUGAUCCUGCGCCUGAAGAGUGUUCGGCUCCUCUCCGGCUCCCGAGAGAAAGACCGCAACCUCCGCAGGAUCACCAGGCUGGUCCUGGUGGUGGUGGCAGUCUUCAUCAUCUGCUGGACCCCGAUUCACAUUUUUAUCCUUGUGGAGGCCCUGGGAAGCACUUCCCACAGCACAGCCGCUCUCUCCAGCUACUACUUCUGCAUCGCCUUGGGCUACACCAACAGCAGCCUGAACCCCAUCCUCUACGCCUUCCUGGAUGAAAACUUCAAGCGGUGCUUUAGGGACUUCUGCUUCCCCAUUAAGAUGAGGAUGGAGAGGCAGAGCACGAGCCGGGUCAGAAACACAGUCCAGGAUCCCGCUUACGUGAGGGAUGGGGACGGGGUGAAUAAGCCAGUAUGACUAGCCGUGGAGAUGUCUUCGUACAGCUCUACAGGAAGAGACGAGCUCAACGAUCGAGGUUUAACUCAGAUUACUACUGCAGUCUGAAACGGAAAGACAGUUUCAUUACAUUUAGAAAUCUCAUCCGCUGAAGUCAUCAGAUGCAGGCUGCAUUCACAAUCCGGGUCAGUGGAAACAGCGAGGCGAGAGAGAUGGAGGACCAACAGCCACCAUGCAAGGCUGCCGCACAGUCUCGUGAUGAACAAAGGACUUGGCCUUUUUCUUCCAUUCCCUAGAUUUAGCCCCCAGCUGUUGCAGCCUCCUUAUGCACCUGGCUUCAAAGCUCCGUUUAAGAAAGCAAGGAAAAGAGAAAAAAGCAAAGUUUGGCUUCAGGGCUUCGUGGAUAUCCACUCCAGGUGUCCACCACUGACAGCAUUAAGCUCAGAAAGGAGAAACAUUUCCAGGGUUCGCGCCUAUGUCCAUCUGCUAGAUGGAGAUGUGUUUCACCUGGCUGUACAGUGAGAAUUCCUGCCUAAGGAGGACUUGGACACAGUCUUGCAGCAUCUGAUAUUUAUGGGUGAUAGAACAUUAUCUUGACAUUUGUAAACUUAAAGUUGCAAAAGGUAGAUUCUAACAUAGCCUAAUAUUUUGAAAACUACAUCUUUUGGGUUUUUUUAAGCAUGCUUUUCAGCUAAAUCUUCUGAAAGAGCAUGUACCAAAUAUCAAGAAGCAUAAAACGGCUUAACUAUCACUGGAAGUGUAUAUAAUUUCAUCUGUCCAUAAUAGUCUAUGUGCAGAUAAGAAAUGGACUUCCUUUCUAGCCUGGAAAUUUCCAAAGGGAAUGCUAAUGAUAUCCCCUGAGUUGUUAGGAAUUGACAGAAUUGAUGCUAAGACAUCUUGCUGUAAGGUCAGCCAUCUCUAGGACAGUCUCCACAUGAUUACUUUCAGACUCUUUAAUCGUUCAGCAGUACUUAUAAUUCAGUGUUAACAACCCCCAAACCUUUAACUCACUCUCAGAUUGGAGUCUUAGCAGAAGCUAAUUGAUUGGUGGCAUCUCUUCUUCAUCUCUACUACCAUUUCUCUCUGUUCAUAGAGAGAAGGUAUUCUGAUUGCAUACAUCUCAAAAUAUUAUUUUGUGGCUUCAGCAGCAAGUAGGAUGGUUACUAAAUCUGUGGUGAGUAAGGACAUUAUGCCAGUUGGGUGCCUGGACAUAACUUGCGUCAUUGCUGUGAGGGAUGUAACUGCUGAGGAUAAUGCCAUGCACAUUUAGGGUAAUUUUGCUCCAACUGCCAGAUGAUUUAUAAAUUCCCUCUUCAUUCCCCUAAAACUCAAAGUAUGGCUUUUUCCAUAAUUUUCCUGACAAGAAGAAAGGGAUAAUGUGGAAAUAAUACCCAUCUUUAAGCCUCUAUUUUAUGAGAGUAUCAUCCUUUGGAAUUUGACAGGAGCAUCUAAUGUGGAGACCCACAUAAUUUCAGGCAUCACUGUAUCUGAGUUCUGUGCUUUCUCUGUAGUGUGUGUUACCUCUCAUUCUGGAAAUGAAGCCUUGUACUCAAGGUUUUACAUAUGGCUUCAGAAUUUUACCGUGAUCGUGUUUGUCUCCCUUCAAAGUUUGUAUGGCACCUAACACAGACGGUGUAAGGCCACAUAGUAGGGAUUUUUCUUAAUGAAAAACAUAGUGCUCUUUUGAGUAUUUCUUAAAUUUCAGUGAAAUUCCCAGAUAUGCUCAACUUCUUGUCACUAAGUGUAGAUAGGAAUGGUUUAAAUAUUGGUUGACAUUAACAUGUAAUCUUGCCUGUCAUGCAAGAGGGAUAUCUACAUAGAAAGUAGUUCUAAGGACACACCCUAUUGAAAGAAGAAAUUGAAAGACCUCUUUAAGAAAUAGCAAACCACAAUGGAAUAGCGCUAGCAUCAUGGAAUGAAAUUGUAUAUAGUAGACCAUUCACUUUAAAUUAGCGUUCCGCAUGCUGUUCCAACAUUAAGUGCCAUUAUCGGGAUCUGAACCUUUGCCUGAGUGUCCUGCGUAUAGAAAGCUGUAGCCCAAGGAGAGAAACGGUUCGCCACGUUGCUCAUGUGGUGUUUUCCAAGCUUCUGAGUUAACUGUGAACGCUGACUCCCUCCCAACUGCAGGGAGAGAGAGAAUGUGAAUGAAUGCCUUUUUAAGACACUUCUUUAAAAGGAUAAUAAAGUCAGUCACUUAUGGUAGGAAGAACCAUUUAUACAAAUGUAUUUCUUUGUCAAAAGUAUGUGCAAGGCGGAGAGGGAGGGAGGAAGAAAGUGAGAGAGAGACGGUAAGAGAGCGGCAGAGAGACAGAGAGAACCAGGACCUGUGAGUGUCUGUACAGCGCUGUGAAGCAGUGACGCCAUCGCCAUCCCUUCGUCAUGCCCAGCCCCACUGCCUCGCAGAUUUGCCCAGCUCCUGAUGUUCCUGUUCUUCUCAAAAGGAGGACACUGCCCCUUGAAGAGCUGUGAAGAAGAGCUGUGCACCUCUGACCUUUAGAUCGACUCAGUAUGAAUUCUACCUCCUGUUCUGGUAGCAACUUCGGGAAGACAGGACCUUGUAGAGGGUCAGAGACAGUGUAGAGAAGUGAACCAGUCGUGCAGGAGGCAGUGGUGGGAAUGAAACCCGCAGCUCCACCUGGAAGGAGUGAAGCGGAAGCACUCAGUACCGUUAUCUACGUGUGAAGCUUACUUUACGUGAAGAAUUUACUGCAAAACUCCAGGCUUAGUACUGAAAAGAAGCGAAGUUUGAAAACACUGGAAAGAAAGCAAAGAAUCUUCACAUAUAUUUUAGGAAAAUGAUUUCUUCUUGUGAUAUAUUACUGAGAAAUAAACAUUCCUCAACUAGUAUCAGAAUUUAUAAGUGUUUCAUCUAGUGGAGGUACCUAAGAUGAAUGAGUGAAAUAAAAGAAUACAUUAGCUGACUUUAGAUCAGAAUGUUUUUAAGGAAAAAACUGUGGCAAGGUCAUACAUCCGUUCAAUGGGAUUUAUUCUCUAAGCAAGAAUCCUUCGGGUGUUUCAGCAUGAAUAUGAAAACCCAUCCACACAGAGCCUAACCCUGCUUGCCCUAAGGUAAUUUUCUCCAAAUGAAAAGUACACUAGUAUUCUCAUGUAUUCUUUACUAUAAUGUAUAUUAUUUAUGUCUUGUACUUUUAGAAGAUAAUUAUACAUUGUGUAUAUCAUUGUGUGCCUUGCAAUAAAACUAAAAUUCU